ACUACCCGUAACGUCAACAUUGUUGCCACAAAUAUCAAACAUGGCGGCUGAGUGAGCUUUUAAAAUUCUCCAAGUAAUUUGUAUCUUAUACUAACUGCAGCACAAACUAACUGAUUUCACUUUUCACGUCAAUUUUCAGAGGAUGUAGGAGAUGUACAGGUAAGUCAAGGUUUUGUUUUUAAACAAAUUCUUGGCUUAUUUUUAACAAUCGAUCUUCGGACCCUCAUAUGAUCUGAAUGCCAAUAACCAAGAUAGCUCGCGGUAGCUCGCUUCUACUGUCGAUGUGUGAACAAUUCGACAUUGUAAGCAAAAUACAACAGGAACUCGCUCUUUCCUAAUUUUCAAUUUUAGUUUGUAUUGAAGCUCCUCGCUUUUGAUUGAGUAUUUAAUGAAAAUUUUGUUAGCAAAAUCUUGUCCGUUUAUAUUUGCAUGCGUAAGCUAUAUACCAUAUGUAUUCGGUUCAUUUCGGACAAGUUUUGACCAGCAUUCUUGCAUGCCUUCAUGCUUGCUUACGAACUGUUUGUUCCUUUACAAUUUUCAGCUGUAUGGAUAGUGGAAAAAAGUUAGCGUACAUUAAGAUCAACUGUGCAGAUUUUUUAGUUUAGUUUACCAUGUUGUUCGUCGGUCAAACGAACUACAUCUGCAUCUGCUGCACGCACGGAUGUGAACUGUUGUUUUGAAGUCCACCUCUAAUUUUGCGCACUUUUGCUUUUGAUUUGUCGGCAGUGUUGUUUAAUUAAGAUGCAUUUUGGAUUUCGUGGGUAUUCUGUUGUCAAAAAAGAGAAACUGUACAACUUAAAAAAAUAAUAGUUUCGAAUAAAAAAUAUUGUGCAAGUUUCGUUUACUUCCGGCUUGCCAUUUGAUGCUCUAAAGAGCCUGCACUUAUAAACCAUUGUGAAAACCUGACAGACAAUUCAAUGCAAUGCAUUCAUCUUGCACAGAAAAUCAAUAAGAUGUGAAUCAUCAUUUCGUAAAUAUAAUUUUAGCAUAUAUUAAGUAUUUCAUAUCUUACUGUUGUAUUAUUUGUUUCACUUGCAGAUGAGUUUAAGAAGAGAUUCGUGAAUUUUUGCACAUAACUUACACAAAAUUUGCUCCAGAAGUACAAAUAAUGAGUCAUGGCAGAUGAAUCAAACAAAAAAGCUGAAAGCUCUAAUGCCAGUGAUAUACUUAAGAGUUUGACACUAGGUGUUAACCCUGAAAUGGCUGAAAGUGCUAAAAAGUUGGUAAUUGCAAUGAAGAAUGCCUCUGAAGAAGAAUAUAAUGCUCUUUUGAGGAUGUUAUCCAAUUCAAAUACUCCAGAUGCUGAUGAAAAACCAUCGGUCAAAGAUGAAGGUAAUGUAGUCUUGCCUGGAGAUGCACAACUUGAUGGUAAUCAACCUGAGGUUUUUGUCAAGAAUGAAGGUAAAGGAGAAGAUCAUGAGGAAAGCACUUCAGAGAAUCUUGAAAAUGAUUUAAAUGAACUGGAAAAUGGUGAAAAUGGCUACAACUCUGACAGUGAAAAACUUCCAGAUAACAUUUCGAGUACCAGCAAUAGCUUUACAAGCAAGGCACCUGAAGUGUCCUCUAAAUGUGACAAGCCAGAUGAUGAGCUGCUUUCCAUGGGUGAGAAUUCUGGAGUUGAUCAGUUGGAAGUUAUAAAUGAUAAAUCCUUAAACAAUGAGACUAGUCUGCCUGAAUUGUCUGAUGAGGCUAAGAAACAAGCUGAUAAAUUCCCUUCCACGGGGGAGAAGUCUGCAGACGCUCAGUUUGAAGGUGCAAAUGAUAACUCUGAUAGUGUGUCUAACUUGCUUAAACUAUCAUUAGAAGCUAAAAAUUUACCUAAAAUGGAGUCGACCAUGGAUAAAUGUUUUCCAGAUAGUCAGUUUGAAGCUACAGAAAGUAACUCUUUUUGUGAUACUGAGGGUUUUAAGUUGCCUGAACUGUCUCUUGAACAUGGUAGAUUAGCUGAUCAGCUUGAUACUGUGGGUAGAAAUUCUUAUGGUGAUGUACAUGGUGAGGCUAGCUCAAGUGACAGCGAGGAACUGCCAGAGCUUUUGUCAAACAAAGCUGAGGACACUUGCUCUGAGAUUGAGGAUGGAGAGAACAAUGAGCUUUCAGGAACUUCCAUUGCUCAGAUUGAUGCUAGCCGCCAGAACAGAUCUAUUGAAGAUUUAACGCCUUCUAUGCAGGCCAACUCUCGUACAAAUCUCUUGUCGGGAACAACUGAAACAGAGAAGGAUUUUUCCAAAAGGUCCAGCUAUGAAUUGUCAUCAGACGAUGAUCAUGUCACUUCAUCUUCUUCAAACUUGGAGUUAACAUCAACAGGAAGUGAGUUGUCAGAUGAAGUUGCACCAAGCGACACUAUCCUUUCAAGAAGGCUUGACAUUGAUGGUAAAAAUCCUGAUGACAAUGUAAGUUCCUCGUCAGUGACUGAAAUCAGGGAUGUUAACACUGUUAAUGGUGAUGACCCAGUGCAGAAGGAAGGCAGAAAUGAACCAGCUGCUGAAGGUGUUCAUGUCACAGAAAGGCUGUCACCCAUACAGUCAACGGGGACUCAAACCUCAACUGAACCUGAGAAACACUUACACAAGGAACACCUUGCUAACGAACCGAUCUGUGUUACAUCUGGGGGAGGAUUUGAUCGCGAAGGAUUGGAUAGUAUCUUGGGUUUUAAAGACAAAGGAUCAUCCAAGCUUCCUUUCUACUAUCAGCCACAGAUUGUCAUGCAUGAGCAGAAGCCUGUCUUAGUCCUACAACCUGUCUCUUUGUCAUCUCUCUUGCCCAGUGAGAGUAAUGUGGAUGUGUCUGGUGCAGAAAAUGAUGGCAUUAAGGCAAGAGUUCCAAUUAUUCUACCACUGACAUCUCCAGAUUUUGAUGAAGCAACGAAGGAUGCUAUUUUGAAGAAGAUUAAUGAAGAAAGUGACAAAAAUAAGAUUGAUGAUUCAUUGAUGCAGGGUUACUCUGGUGAGAUCUCUUCACUGAGCACAAUAUCAACAUUUGGCAAAAAUUCAGAGGCAGGAAGUUCAAGUUCUGUGAGGCCGGACAUUACAAAAGUCAAUGGCAAACCAGUAGCAGAUAAAAGUUCUAAGGUAAGCAUUGAGGGCUUACCUGAGUGGGUACCAUCAUGUGAACUUGACAGGGCUUUCUCUGCUGUCACAGAACAAGACACAUCAUCAACUACAGUAGAAACAUCUUCCCCAUUGACUUUUCCAACAGUUAGCCUUCCAAGUACAAAUCCUUUUGCAAAAGACUUGGCAGCACUGCACACUAGGCAUGGUGAUGGCAAAGUUGAAGAUUUAUCCAACCCGGGUUUGGAUAAAUCACUACAGCAGUCUUUAUUUGGACCUCCCACUCCAUCAAGUGUAGCAUCAGGGGCAAGACCUAAGCAGAUGAAAGCCUUUCCAGAAGCUGGGCAUGUUGGCACAGCCACAAAUCCGUUCACUCCUGAUUUAACACCAAAGAAGCGUGGAAAGAGACAGCAACAAGGUGUCACAGAUCAUUCCACGGCAGUAGUUGUUUCAGCAGAGGUUCACCCAUCAGUAAGCCAAUCAGGUGUUGAAUUGAACAGACCGCUCCCAAGGUCACCUAGGCCUCGGCUUUCUAGUGAAUCCAUGGUUACUGUUAUCGAGACCACAUAUGCUGAUACCCCUGCUAGCUCUGCCGAAAUGCUUUCUCUACCUAAUGAUGAGCCAAACAAAAUAGAAGUAGUUCCGGUCGAUCAUAACACACAGUUGGAAAGCACGGAAACACUGCCGGAAACUACAAAACCAAAACGAAGAGUGGUAAGUUUUCUGCUACAAUUCUGUGUAUAUUUCCAGAAAAUAUCCAUACCCAUCUCAGGCAAUGGGGAUCACUGAAAAUUGUGUGGGCCAGGGGCCCGUUUCUCGAAAGUCCCGGUAACUUUACGGGCCCGAAAUCAAAUAUUCAAAUCGAAAUAUAAAGAAUAAGAGCACGGCUCCUGGCUAGCAAACUACUCUAUUUUGUUUCAUUAACUGACAGUUUUAUCGUGUCAGAUGCAAAACUAUUGAAACCUCGAUCUUUAAUGUAAACGGAGACAGCUUACCGGGCCCGUUAAUUAUCGGGACUUUCGAGAAACGGGCCCCUGGUUCUUAAAUUUGAAUUACCAGGAGUGGGCAGUGUGCUUCAAUUCAAUAGACCCUGCAUGGAGAUAGUGUGGGUUUUAACUGAUUGAACAAAAUGUAAUUGAAGUGCUUACUACAUAAGAUAACUAAAUUUAUACUACUACAUGAGAAAGUUCUGCAAUUUGAUUAUCUUAGAGCAGUGGUAUUUCAGUUUAAUUUGAAAUUCCUACGUGUGAAAAUUACAAAACCUUUGCGGGUAGUAGUAUAAACAAUUAAUAGCAUGAUUUGUACAUGAUAUUUGGCAUAAAGACCACAAGUGAUAUUUCAAAAUUGUCUCAAAUUUCACUCGCCUAGCGGCUCAUGAAAUUACGUAAUUAAUUAAUUAAUUUCAAAACUUAUAAGGCGCAAAUAUCUAUAUAAAUAUAUUCAAAUGCGCCAUAUAGUCAGGUCUCUUAGUGCAAAAUAUAGGCCGGAUCGUUACAGACGUGACAAAAGUGUCAAAUUUGGCACAGAGCUUCCUUAGCACCUGCCGAUUAAUACUGGAGGGGGUGCCCGUUACAAAUGGUCCUAAUUACAGAUAAAAGGGGGGGUUAACUUUCACCUAUAAUAGCAGGUUGGGUGCCCUGUGGUGAGUACUCUUCUUGUUUGAUUUGUCUAAAAAACAUUUGUUUCAAGUUUUUAAGUUUUUAAUUUGGUAAUGUUUUGUUGUUGUUACACUAUUCAAAAUAGUUUUCCAUGUACAUAAUACUGACUAGUGCCCAGUCUCCACACGGUAAGUGUGGUCAAUCAUGUUCACUGUAUGGCUAUCAGUGUCACUGAUAAGACUUGCCAGUGAUAAUAUAAUUACAUAUCAAUUUAAACAGAUCACAAAGCCAGCUUUCAAAGAUGUCAUACAAUAACAAAAAACCCAAAUGUAUCACAUCCUAAACGAUAGAAUCGUUAAAUUUUGACAUGCCACAUGACCGACCUCAUGCACCGUAACUGACAACGCGCCCUCGUUGUAAUUGUGCAGCUAAGAUUAGAUUAUAAUUUGCUUCAUUGGUAACCCUGUCCUUGAGAUAAUGAUAAAAACACGUCAAUCUCGUCCUCAGGGGGAAAAGGAGCAGCAAGGGUGGCACAGUUGGUUAGUGCGCAGCCUUCAGUGCGCGAGGUCCCGAGUUCGAUCUCCGGUGUCAACACAUCCUUAUUUCAGCUUUUCUCCUUUCUGUGUACCUUUCACUAGCUUUAAAUACCCUUAAAACGGAGCAUUAAUGCAGAGAGAGGGGUAAAAGGAGCACACCGUUGACCUCAAGUUUAUUAGUUAUUAUUACUGUCACGAGUGAUUGACGUAAAAUAUGGUCGUUUUACCUUUUUCUACCUUUUUAUUAAGCCCUGGGGGCGAGGUUGUAAAACAUGCCUCUCCGGGAAUUUUUAACACUCUAUUUUUUACACAUUUGCAUUUAAAAAGAAGUGUAUGAGGUCCCUGCAUGCCUAGACACCUGUAAGGAGCUCAUUCACUUCAGAGCCCUCGCACCAGAGUGUUAAUGGUAGGUCUAUACGAUCUUUCAAAAAAAAGGAAGGUCGUCGCUUGCGAUACAGUUUACAAACAAACUAAAUUCAGAAGAGCUGAAAGUUACAGGAACAAAGCCUCUUUUAGCCAACCAAUGAUCUAUCAUUUAUGAAAAUGAAUGUAAUUUGUUUGAUGCAGUUAGGCGAAUACCCCGUGGUUACGAAAUCUUACCAUAAUGAAUUCCUCAAGAGCAAUUCAGUUACCUACUUUUCACAAAAUAAUGCUGUGUAAAAUUACAGAAAAUACCAAAAAAAGCAAGGGCCAACAAUAAUUAUGGCCUGGUCCCUUAUAAUAAUGGAGUGGUCAUGAUAAAGAAGCCCAUCAGCCCCAUCUUUGACCACUCAAACAGAUUUCUGACAGAUUACAUACCGCAAAACUUUGCAUUCACUUAUUAUGCCUAUGUUGCCACACUAGGAGCCUAGAAAUCGGCACCUAGUCACACCUUAUUUUUAUUGGUGAAUAUCAUUCUAAAGAGCUUUACGGAAUGUUGUUAAUAGGGGUGUUUUGAACAUGAUUGAAAUUUAGAGAUGGUGACAAAAACGAACACAAAAAAAGUUACAAAACGAGAUGCAUGAAACAACCUCAAUCUAAUAUUCGUGUUACACCGAUUUAAUGGCUCCUUUGGCUGCUAUGCUGACGUUUUCGAAGAUGGAAGUAGUAUCACAGCUAGUCCCGGGUUAGGUAUGCUGUUUAUUACCAGUUUCACAGUUCUUGAGACUUAAAGCCUGUUCACAUAAAGAUUGGGGACCCCGGGUAGGUGAGGUAACCUGCUUAGGUGGAGCAAAAAAAAAAUAACCUUCCUUUACAUGCAAUCUUACAACCCCGCCAUCCUGGGGUACACUUUCUCAACAUUAUUGAAUGGUCGCUAAGCACGUAAAUAAGAAAAAUGCUAGCAAACCACGUCUGCGCUCACUUGCUGCUCUUGCUGCAAUCUUCAGUGUUGUGGCUUUCUAUCGUUACCUUUAAUAACUAUGUGAAGCCACCCGGCGCCAAAGUGAAUUCUGCGUGAAUUUGAUGUAUCACGAAUCCGACCCCGACUAGCCUGGGUUACCUCACCUUGAAACGUUGACAUGGCAAAAUUUAACCUCAGCUGAGAGGGUGACCCGGUGUUGCAGACCGAGCUAACCACCUUAAAGGGUCACCCCACCUUUCAUGUAAACGUGAUCAAAUUAAAAUGAGAGAUUAUAUGGACAUGCGGGUUAAUACCCCACCUAAGUUAGUUACCAUGACUACCUGGGGUCCCCUCCUCCAUGUAAACUUAACUUAACUUAACUUACUUCAUUAAUACAUAUCACACACUUGAAGACAAAAUACACAAGAAGAGCCAAAGCCGGGGGCUUAAAUGGCCUAAGGUCAGCAAAAAAAAAAAGACGUGAGGAAUUUACAGGAAUAGAAGAAGGCUUUAACUAAAAUAAUUACAAUACACUUAAAUCAAGAAUGAAAAGGUCAGUCAGAAAAAACUUACAACUGAAAUACAAGGCACUAAAAGUUAGUCCGGCCCUCUUUCUACAGUUUCAGCAGUUAAACCAUUUAUCAUUUGAGUCAAUCUUGUACCACUUGAGUCUCACUUUUACGACUUGAUAACCUGUUAUUAUUUUGGACAUGAGUGCUUCAGUGCCAAAUGUAUAGGCUUCAUGAUGAACCGUGCUGUUUUUUGAAGCUUGGGCUAACUUGUUUCUUUUUUUCGUUUAUGAGACCAGAUUUUUUGUUGUUAGUUUUUGCUUUGUAAAGCUUAGACAAACUGCCGGAAUUGUAAAUGAUAUGUACUUGUGCCACGAUGCUUUCUUCUCUGUCAAAACAUGCACAAGCGUCCAGCAGAUAAAGAGAGACUGAAAGGCAUCCAGGCCUAUGUUUAGCUGAAAAAUUAAUUACCUCCUUAGGAAAGAACUGUUCUGGGUUCUGUCAUUUCGUUAUUUGCUCUUCAUGAACAGCUGUCAUAAACCUCUGAUAAUUUGUGAUACAACAGACUCUUUGACAAUUUCUUUUUUUCCUGAAAUUUUGUGCGUGAAUCGCUAUGCCAUACGCUUUCUUUAGCUUAAAGUGACAUGUAAUACCAAGUAAUACUUGAUAAAUAACGCUUAAGCCACACAAUAAGGCCUCCUCUAAUUGAAAUACAUUAGAAAAGGGGAAGAGAACCCCAGAAGCCGAGUACUUGCAAGUUAUGAAGCAAAGACGGGGCCAUCUUAGAAAUGACUUAUGAAAAUGUGGGCGGACUGAGGACUUGUUGUAAGGGCACAGUAAUAAUCAACUUAAUUAUACAAUCAAUAAGCUAAUAAUGGAUGGGAAUGCCAGAUGUUCAAGUGAAAUUGUUGUUUACAACAUGAGAAGAGCAUUCUGAGUGAUUUAAGGUAUUAAAUAACAAUUUUCAAUCAAAACACCACAGGGACCCCAGCAGGUGAAAUUUACAAUAAUUAAAUCCUGUUUAGCACGCUUCAGUGGCAUAUUUGCAUUGGGCACCCCCUCUAAUAUUCAUGGUACUGCAAUAAGCUAUCGCUGUGCAAAGUUUGGUGCUUUUGUCAACUCUGUAACGAUCCUGACCUUAAGAGACCUGACUAAUAGGGAAAAAAAGCAAAACAAAACAAAACAAUAAUACUACUAAUAAUAAAAAUUAUGAAUAAUUAUGGUAAUAAAAAUGAUAAAAUAAGAUCAUAAUAUAGAUAUAGAAUAGAAAAACUAAUGGCUAAAAGUUAAAAAGAUAAAAUCUGUUAGCAAAAUCUUAAAAAUCUUAAGCUGAAAAUUAUUUAUGAUCUAGUAAGCUACAAAUACAAUCUUACAAUCUAAGAGGAACAAAAUGCUUUUUUAAAAAGGUGAGUCUUCAACUUUUUCUUAAAAGUGUCAAUUGAAAUGGAAAAUUAUGUAUAACAAUUUUGAAAUAUCACCCUUGGUAUUUAUGCCAAAUAUCACUACAAAUCAUGCUGUUGCCUAUACAAAUUCACCCUAGUAGUGUUAGAUGGAAAAGAGCCUCAUUAUAGUAAACAUUUUUUGCUAGUCUCUUGGCCCUUCAUUUUAUAUAGGGGUUCUAUGAUACUGUAAAUUUUGUUAAAUUAUUAUUACAUAAUUUUUCUACCUCCUUUUUAAUUUCAGCCAGGAAAAGUUGCACCUUUUUGGAUACCUGAUUUUGCCUGCUCCAACUGUACACACUGCAAUGCCAGAUUUACUGUGUUUCUGAGGAAGCAUCAUUGUAGAGCCUGUGGAAAGGUUAGCUGCUAGCUGUUGUUUUAAACUUUUGCUAUAAAUAUAUGAAGUUGUUGCCCCUGGGGAGGGGGGAGGGGGGGGGGAAUCCCAUAAAUUUCAGAUAGGUGUGUGCUGCCCAUGGUCUUUAAAAACUCUUACUCUAUUUAAGGAUGAGACAUAUGAAACUUGAUACCCUAUUUAAUAGCAGCAUAUAAACCUUCAUUAAAAAAUAGAUGAAAUUGCUUUCCUAAUACUCUGACUAGGGGAUAUAGCUUAGCUGUAAGAGAAGUUUGUUACUUGUGUAGCUGGGCAUUUAAGCACUUAAAUUUUAGCUGAUACAAUUUAGGUACCCAAUCUGAGGAAAACACCUGCAACACAAAUGCCAAAAUAGGCAAAAAUGAUACCCAAAACAAUACCCUAACCCUAUCGGGCGGCACUAGCACCUAUCUAGCCCAUACACUGUUGGGCGGCACUAGUACCUAUCUAGCCCAUACACUGUUGGGCGGCACUAGCACCUAUCUAGCCCAUACACUGUUGGGCGGCACUAGUACCUAUCUAGCCCAUACACUGUUGGGCGGCACUAGUACCUAUCUAGCCCAUACACUGUUGGGCAGCACUAGUACCUAUCUAGCCCAUACACUGUUGGGCGGCACUAGUACCUAUCUAGCCCAUACACUGUUGGGCGGCACUAGUACCUAUCUAGCCCAUACACUGUUGGGCGGCACUAGUACCUAUCUAGCCCAUACACUGUUGGGCAGCACUAGCACCUAUCUAGCCCAUACACUGUUGGGCAGCACUAGUACCUAUCUAGCCCAUACACUGUUGGGCGGCACUAGUACCUAUCUAGCCCAUACACUGUUGGGCAGCACUAGUACCUAUCUAGCCCAUACACUGUUGGGCGGCACUAGUACCUAUCUAGCCCAUACACUGUUGGGCGGCACUAGUACCUAUCUAGCCCAUACACUGUAUAUGGGAGUACCUUGGCCCCCAGCUUACAUUUUUUCUUCCUACAGCAGGGCUGUCAUUAAGAGGCGGGGGCUGGGGAUUUCCCCCGGCUACUAUGAACGUCUUCCGUGACUACUUUAAAAGGAAAAUAAAAGAAAAAUAGAACCGAAAGAAGUUCCUAGCUGUUUGAUUCCCUGCCUACUUGUUGUAUUUACCAGGCAACCUGAAAUCUUAGUGACAACCAUGCUACAGCCAUGGUACUUGAUGUUUUAAAAUAUAGUAUGUGAAACUCAUCUUGACAUGAAAGUGUUGAAGAGAAAAAUAUAGUAGAUGGUGCUGUUACACAAUGUUUCACUGAAACAUUACAUAUGUUUCUCUGGGGGAUGAGCACCAGACCACCAGCAGAUAUACUAUUUGAGCAGACUUGUGCUUUUUUACGAGUUAAGGCAAAAGGUUUGUUUAAAGUGGGAAGUACACUCUAGCUUAUCCAGCUAGUUUACAGGCACUACAUUCACAUAAUUGGAAUAAAUAUGGCUACAAUAGUACGCACACUCUGAUUAGCUGUUUUCUUGUAAUAACUGGGCAUUACUAGCUAGGUGUCCAAGGCAUAUACGAUGUGUUUUUAACUUGAUAGUGGACAUCCCUAUGAAAACCCAUGUUAUGUCCAAUUGACUUCUGUCAAAAAGGGUAUUUGCUGACCAGUGUCACAUGACUGUAUUGCAGGCUCAAGUGUACAACUCAUUGAGUUGAUGUGUUGUUUUGAAGUUAUCCACUGACCAGUUAUUGGUUUUGAUUGAUCGCAGGCUCAGGUCCAUAAUGAAAAGGCCAUAUAUUAAAUAACUUAUUAACCUUACAAGUCUGUUCACGAGGUCAAUACAUUAAGGCCAAGUUCUGAGAUUUCCCUAUAAUUGGAAAUAAGUAGUAUAUAACAUAACGGGAUUAAAAACCCUAACUGGCAGGGGGCAGUCUUUACAAGCGUGGCCAAGGAUUUGAACUUGGACCAACUGAGAACAAAUUCUGGAAGUGGCCAGAGUGAGACUCGAUACCGAGACCACUUGAAAGUGAGUCUGCUGCACUGGCCCCUGGGCCACGCUGCCUCCUGAUCAAGUUCUAGUUCAUUUAAAAUUCAUGAGAUAAAAUAAUUUUCCAGAUAUUCUGCAAAAAUUGUUGUUCACAACUGGCUAGUUUUCCUUACAUGGAUCACAAGGUUGGACGAGUGUGUCCCUCAUGUACAGAGGCUAUUAGAGAAGGUAACACCAAAAUAUUUGCGAUCAAUUUAGCUCUCCGGGAAACUGCCCACCUACUCCUCCCCUAACCCAACAUUUUGCCCUAAGUGAGAAGUAAGUGUUAAUGUUGACUUAGGGGAGGGGUAGGUGGGCAGUUUCCCAGAAACUUUAGUUGAUCCAAUAUUUGCUUAGAUCCUGCAUGAGUAUUUUUCUUAUGGCAUACCCUGGUACUGUCUCAAAUGUGUAGGUAUUAAUAGUGUCACACUCAAUAUAUCAGCACCAUUUUAGAAAAACGAUGAACGUGCUUGUGCAUUUUUCUUAUGGCAUACCCUGGUACUGUCUCAAGUGUGCAGAUAUUAAAAGUGUCACACUCAAUAUAUCAGCACCAUUUUAGAAAAACGAUAAACGUGCAUGUGCAUUUUUCUAAUUGCAUACCCUGGUACUGUCUCAAGUGUGCAGAUAUUAAUAGUAUCACACUCAAUACAUCAGCACCAUUUCAGAAAAACGAUAAACGUGCAUGUGCAUUUUUCUUAUGGCAUACCCUGGUACUGUCUCAAGUGUGGAGAUAUUAAUAGUGUCACGCUCAAUAUAUCAGCCCCAUUUUAGAAAACGGUAGACGUGCUUAAUAUCAUACACAAUCUACAAGAAUAAUAUGUACAAUAACAGAGAGAGAAAGAGGAGUGUUCCCAUGCAGCCUCGUACCCAGGGCUUAAAGGAAAAAAAGCCCGAAAGAAUUUUAGCUGUCUCCUAUCAUCUAAACGAUUGGACCUGGCUUAUCAAGUGACUGAUAAGCCUUUUAUAAAAACAGGUCCUCGUUAUAGACAGUAAAGUUUAAAGAUAUUUUUCUCUUCUUUUAGUUCAUCGUUCAAAAAAAAUCGAGAAGACAGCAGACCGCCAGAACAUGUCUCAAACAGUGAAUGCGCCCGGCCAAGGGCUUGUGAUAUCUGGUACUCCAGCACAAAGGAACUCACAACAACAAUCAAGAGCUACAUCAUCUACCACUGUGCCAUUGAAUCCGGGACUGCAGAGAAACCAAUCUAACAUGCCUGGCACGUCCCAGCAAAUACCAAUCGCAUCCAGCUCAGGAAUGGUGUCAUUGAGUCAGGAGACACAAAGAAGCUUGCCCAAGCGUGCUGUUCCCUAUCAGCCAUUAUCUAUUCCAUCAGUAAGAGCUCAAAACCCAGCACUGCAGUCCACUAGACAACCACAGGGCCCCCAGCAGCCACAGGGUCCCCAAAGUGUGAUGCAGCCUGCACAACCAGCAAACCAGUACAUGUGGGUACCAGCAUCUUCUCUCUUUGUAAACCCUGUCGCACCAACCUUACAAGGAGGACCAGUAUUAGUACCAGCAGCUCCGUUUACUCCACAGCAGGCUCCGGUUGUUCUAAUGCCACCAAGUCAACCGCCAUCUUCUCUGCACUUGUCCCAGGCAGCAACAAAGCCUUUGAAUACUAUGGCUUUGGGAGGCCCGAGGGGAGAAACCACAGUUGCUAACAAAACGUCUUCUGAGACAGUAUCAACCUUUAGUGUAUUGCCUCAACACGUUGGGCAAACUGCUACUCAGUCGGCGCAGAGUUCCUAUGCUGGAAGUGUGGAACAACCACUUUUGACCUCCAGACAAGCUUCUUGCACUGUAGGCAGUGAAUCAUCAAGAGGUGUUCUGCCGGAAUCACCUUCGUUAUCCCAGUCACGCGUUCAAGCCACCUCAGUGCCUGGUAAACUCCCUUCAACUGCCAGUUCCUCACCCAUAAUAGCGGGCCAUCCCUCUGUCACCCUCCAGCAACAAUUUUCCAUCCCACCUGUAAACCAAGCAGGCCAAUCUCCACAGCAACCAUCGGGUCUUCCACCUUCGACUUUCCUUCCCCAUUCCUCACCCGAAACUGUCAGCGCAACACCACACCAAACAAAACCUGCAAGCGCCACAUUUGUAUCCUCUCCUCGGCGAUCCUCACCUUCCACAACUGCCGUAUCACCCUCCCAAAGAUCGCCGCCUGCUGCAGCAAACAGCCUCAGAGAGGGCACUGUAAUCCAAGCAGGCCAAUUUCGACCACAUCCAACGGGCCAUCCAUCUCCGACUUCCCUUCCCCUUUCGUCCUCCCAAACUGUCAGUCCAUCACCACACCAAACAAAAUCCGCAGCAAGCGCCACAUCUGUUUCCUCACCUUCCACAACUGCUACAUCACCCACCCGAAGGUCGCCUCCGCAUGCUGCAGCAAACAGCUCAAGAGAAGGCAGUGAAAACCAAGAGAGCCAGCGGCCAAGGCCUGACGAUGGCAGCUCCCUUUUUAGUGAUGAGACUGGUGCAGAGUCAAAGGAUUUCAAACCUCCACUACGAAGAGCAGGGAGAACUAUCACUUGGCGUUACAGGACUCAAGGAAAAAGUAAAUUGCAAAUGCACAAGAAGUCCUUGGCAAAGGAUUUGAGAGGUCAGUUCAUUUGUCUUAUGCGACUAAGCUGAAAGUGGGCCGGGCGGGGGGUCAUUAAAAAGAGCUUCUCACCACCCCCGCUCCCCGACAGUUUACUCGCAGGACAGUUCUUCUGCUUUUUGUAUAUUUUUUGAUUAAGGAGUCAAGAAAGCAGUUUACAGUCAGUUUACUGUGUUCACUUAAGCUAUCAAUAAGAAAUAUUGGAUAUGAGAGAGUUUGCUCUAACAGAAUAGAUCGCUGUGCUAUACCAGGUUACUUAGUUACCAGUGGUUAAAUUUCUGAGGUAUUUGUAUUUCAGUUGUUUCUUAACUUGUUACAUUUUUCCUCUACGUUUAAUUAUUUUAAACGUAGUUUUUGAGAGUACAUUACGAUUGGCCAUCAUCACGCAGACUGAUGUUUAAAGUUAAGUAUAUAGUUUUUUUUAAUGGACAUUGUUGUUUCAAAUUGAUAUUGUUGCUGUUACAGAUUUGCCAGAUGGAGUAAAAAUUCAAGCUGCCGCCGACCUCAUAGUUCAUGUCAAAAAAAUGAAAGGUAUGAAAGUAGAGUUAAUAAUCCACACGGAAUAUUCACAAGACUGAACUUAGAGCAAUCCAGUACAUAUAUACUUUAAACAUAGCUCAUGGCUUAUUAACGGGCACUGAUUGAUUAUAACCUUCCCAGCCUUGCAGUCGAACGCGGGAUCUCUCGCACAGAUGGCCACAGACUAACCAUCUUUGCAAAUCCUUGCUGCCUAAUGUAGAGUUUACUUGAGUCGCAAGCUAAGAUUAUCCUUCACGGUACUCCUGGCGAGCAAUACCGAGUUUCAAGAAUUUGCUCAAAGAACAUGGCAAUAAGCAAAUAGGGCCCCUUCCUUCCACACGUAUCCAGAUAUUUUUUUAUUAUAUACAUACUGAGAAAUACUCACCAAAAAGCUAUGUCGUAAAUUUUCGUACGCAAAUUAGUUAUAGCCAAUCAGAGGAGCGAACGAUGGUUUUCACACGUGAAAAAAACGAUACGUCCAAUCAGAAUCGCGAACGAUGUUUUUUCACGUGUGAGAAAAAUGAUACGUCCAAUCAGAAGCCACAGAGGUGUAGGAGUUUCGCGCCAAAAUUCCCGCCUUUUAUUGCAGCUUGCAGCGCCGCUUCGCACACAUUUAUCAACGAGAAAAGUUUUACUCAAGGAGUUUUUCUCGCUAAAAAGUGAAAAACAUUUCGGAAAUGGGUGGAAUAGUUUCGUUUGUUUCACUGUCGAUAAAAAAAUACGGUAGAGAGCCGGUGAAACAACAGCGGAAAGGGAUAAACAGAACGAGACGUAAGCUUUUGUUGUGCUUUUUGUCGGAGCUACUUUGCCUUUCAUUUAAGCUUAAGCUUAUAUUGAAACCGGCCAUUUUACUUAAAUUCACUCAUUUUCAAUUGUGCAUUGAGAACAAACAGUUAAGAUUACUUAUAGUUCUUGGAUUAAACCUCAUAUCCUCACCGUCAUUUAUGUUUUUAACAAACGUUUUUACUAAAAAGCUGAUACUUCGUUUUCGUUGUCAUUUUGCGGUAAGUGUGUAGCGGCAAAUUUUAGCAUUUUUGAAAGAUUUAAAAUAAAAAGGCCCGCAAAAUGAUGAAUGACUCAGUAUGUAUAUAAUAAACACAAUACCACAUGGAAAGUGCUUUGUACGGUAUUUACGCACUCGUUGUUUUUGUAUCAGAAAUCUUACUCGUUCGCUGCGCUCACUCGUUCGAUUUCUGAUACGUCAACAACUCGUGCGUAAAUACCGUACGCCAGCACUUUCCAUGAAGUAUUCUCUAUUUUCCCUUUUCAAAGAAAGUACGCAUCAUAAUAUGUAGCGUAUUCGAAUCGUAUUCGCCCGUCCACACGAAAACGCUAAAACGAUGUAAAUAAGAUAGCAUCCCUUACCGAGCAUGCGUCAUGCUAGAAGUAUAUGAUGCAUGAUGUCAUCGUUUUCGAGAACCUCCGUUUUCGUCCGUCCACACGUAAACGAAAAGCCGGCGUUUUCAAAAAUCUCUGCGCUGGAGAGCGUUUUUGAAAAGACCCGUUUUCACUGGAUACGUUUGGACGAUAGGCCAAACCGGAGAAAAAAUAUCGUUUUCAAACAAAAACAGAUACGUCUGGACGGGGCCUUGUCAAUCAGAUACUUCUCGCAGUAUUAUAAUUUUGAUCUUCAAACAGUUUUGUUGAUUCUUCACAGUUAGGGAAAAAAAUAGAGAGAUUCUGGUGUGGUGUUAUCAAAGUGAAGGACUGAACAAGUUUCGUCAUUUGGAGGUAGUCGUCAUGUUGGAAGUGAGAAAAAAGGAGGAGAUUUUUCCUGAAGAGGUUUUAAGGGUUUACAGAGGGAUUUUACACCUGGCAUCAAAAUUAGGUAAGUUUAAAUAGGUAAAACAACAAAUUUGCACGUGCAUCACGCUGUUUUGUUCAUUUCUUUGCCGUCACUGCACAGCUACGACGUAAAAGUGCCUAAUUUCAAGCCCCGUGCAAACGGACGCAACAUUGUUGGAUGUUACAUGUUGCGUCCGUUUGCACACCCUCUUGCAUGUUGUUGCGAGUUGUUGCGCAAAGUUUGAAACCGGUCAAACUUUUCAGCCAACAACUCCCAACAUUUCUUUUGUUCUGUGAUCGCCGAAGCGUAGCGCAACAAUGUUGGAUCCGUUUUCACGGUUCUUCCAACAUUGUAGGGGCCACGCACGCUGAUUACGCAUGGAUUACAAAGACCUAUGGGUUGUAUUCUUCCCACGAUGCACUGCAGGUCCAUUACUUGUUGGGAGUUGUCGCAUCCGUUUGCAGACCACUGCCAACAACUCCCAACAUUGUUGGCGCAACAAUGUUGGGACUUGUUGCGCCCGUUUGCACGCAGCCUCACGUUUUGUGGAGGACGUGAACCCAAGACAACGACUUUGUUUUUCUCUUCCCAAACUUCAAUACAGUCCUCUAGAAUUUAACUCCAGAAAAAUUUACCAACAUUGGACAAACUGAACGCGAAAAGUUUGAAGCACCACGAAUUUACUUUUUAACUGAAGUUUACGCAGCCGUCGCUGACCUUGUUGCUAAGCUCCCUAAUCAGAUUUUGCAGAUGUGUCAGUGUGCAGCGGGCGCAGCGUGCGCUAGUAAAUGGUUUCUUCUAAAUUGUUGCGGGAAUUAAUCAUGGAUACUUUUUUAACAAAAGGGCAAUAUGCAACUUACGCAAAGAAUAUUUCAUUGACAGACUCUUGUUAUCACUUCUGUAAGGGAAAAGUGAUGAUGUUUUUUCUCAGAAAACUAGAUAUCUUUACUGUUAGUGGAAUUUGUAAGGUUGUUUAUUUGUCCAAUUUCUGUUUUUUUUUUGACAGGCAAUAGUUUCCAGCAUGGCAAUUAUUUGUCAAGCAAUGAUCAGUUCCUUGAUAGCUUAGAUGAUGCUGGCUUCAUCUUUGUUUCAAGUGAAGUCAAGGUAGGCUUUUAGUUACUAAAAAUUGCAAAAGUCAGAGAACAACUGCACGGCAGGCGAGCAAACUGUUUCACAAAGGGAUAAGCCUUUAACUUGCUGUUUUUGAAACGUAAUCAAGACAGGAAACGACACUCUUGAAAGUGUACGCAGUUCAAGAAAUUGAAAGUGAAAUAAUGAUAUGGCAACUAAGGUCAACAGAGUACAGGUGCUUUGCAUUUUCGAUGCAUUCUUGAUGGGGGAAGCGUGGUCAUCUCUCCACUAUUAAAUGGGGAGUCUAGGCAAAGACCUUUGUCACCGACGCACACCGACCGGAAGUGUCUUUUUUUGCAAAAUUCGGCAGUGGUUUCGCUUAAAUUUCUGGGCAAGUCGUUUCUAUAAGAGCAAAGACACUAAGCUUUACGAAUUUAACAGUGUCGAGCUAGCUUAAAGAGGAAAACGCCCUACUUCCGGUUGGCUUGCGUCUCUUCUCUGUCUACGCGGUACCUUCAUGAGCUUGCGACGAAUGGGGAAUAAAAUAUCAGACCAUUUAUCUCUCGUGCGUAGUCCAUAUUCCCUGGUAAGUUUACCAAAGUGCAAACCAUUUAAACGAUUUGUUUGCCUUACAACAGCCUAAACCUCCUGGCCUGAGGCAAAUCCAGGGACCUUUCUUGUAUGGACUUCUCGUGAAACGACUUGAAUUACAGGCGGCCAUGUUUACUCCCAGCAGACUUCUUCUUCGAAUGGGAUACGAUAUGAAGAGUAAGGAUUUGUUGUUAAAUAUUUCACUUUCUUAAAAGUUUUUGUAGGUUAUUUUUUCCGUUCUUGCCAUUCAGAUCAUAGCAGUUACAAAGUGCACAAUAAACUAUCUAAUGCUACCCCUUAAAGAUCAACGUGUCACGAAUGUUAUCAACGAAAAAAUGUGUCCCUAAUGCUACACUUUAACUGCGUAACCAUCCAGACAAAGAAUUUUCAGACGAUUUUAUAACGGAAAACCGCUCGGACGUUUUUUGUUAUCCUGUCUUUUUUAAGCUGUGAUUAUUAUUUGGACAUGCAUAAUACCGUCCUGGCGUACGAUUUCUAUCUUCCGAAAUGUAAGUAGAAGUAGAAUUUUCGCCUGGGGCGGAAACUUUUUGGGCCACGUUUUUUGCCUGAAAGCUUUUCGCCCAUACAUGCUGCUGGUUAAAGUAGACUGGAAAAUAUUAUGUCUCCGCUUAGUUACUUUAAACGUUCGUCCAUUCGUCCAUGCUCUUAUUUGACUCUGUUUAUUCCUUCAGGUUUCCCUUUCCCCUUGUGGAAUUGUCGAGAUCGCAAGCCAAUAUACCUUGGCAAUGAAAAUCAAGACAGAUUCUUCCAUACAGUGUUUGCCAUGAACAAGUAUUUGGUGAGUGUUAGCCUGCGUAGCAUGGCGAUUUUGUUGCUCCCGCGCCAAUCUCCUCGCGGUUUGUCUGCCCUCGCCCGCCUUUAUUACUUUGUGCGCCCAACCAAAACCGCCAUGCCACGCAGGCUUGGUGAGUGUCGGCUUAGAACCCUCUUGCACCAUUUUUGUCACUCAGAGGGUCAUUCUGUCCACUAUAUCUUUCAUUUAUUUAAAUGUAAAGUUAUAUCAAGGCUUAAACUUUCUCAAAGUCCUUCGCUUCUCAUUUCCGGUUCCGGUAGUUGGCACAAGCGCUCUCUCGCCCGCUUUUGCCGAGGAAAACAUAAAAAAUCUACCCUUCGCGCUUCGCGCUCGUGAAAAAAUUUGAGCUCGACUUAUAAGCAAGUCUAAUCAAGGCUCAGCCUAAAGGUUUAUCGGCACAGUCUCCAGCCGUGGAUGUCUCGAGAAUCUCCACUCUCGUGCACGAAUAAUCUGUCACCGAGUUAAGAAGGAAUCUGAAUCUAGGUCACAGAACAUAAUUCACCAGGAUUAUGCGAAAGAGCACAUGGGACACGAUUUAGCCAAUAGAAAACAUUUCUUACUUUUUGAUCUACACAUUUAUCGGCUCGCUUACAGACGUAUUAGAUGUCUAUUAAUACAAUUCAAUGAAAUGAAGGAUGAUCAUCGCAGUUAUAUACGCAACGUUUGCAGUUGCAAAGAGAAAGCCUGAAAGAAAUUCAGGCUUGUACGGGAUUCGAACCCUUGACCUCUGCGAUACCGGUGCAGUGGUCUACCAAUUAAGCUAACAAGCCAACUGGGAGCAGGUCGUUGAAUUGGUUCGUUAUAAACCCGUGAAAGGAUGAUGAUGAAGUUAUGAAUAUAUGAAAAUCAUAUAUGUGAACUGCGGAGUGAAUAUAAGGAAAUGAAGGAUGAUCCUCGCAGUUAUAUACGCAGUUGCGAAAAGAAAGUCUGAAAAAAGAUCAAGGGUUCGAAUCCCGUACAAGCCUGAAUUUUUUACUACUUUAUUUUUGUUCUUUUUGUCUAUUUUUUCUAUCACUCUUUCUGCCGUAAGGAUCAGUUUACUGUUUUGAGUUUAAAAUUUAGUGACCUGUAAAGCAGUUCGCGUAACGAAUGUGACCAUUUUAAGGGACAAUGAGCUCGUUCUCUCUUGCUUUAAUUUAAAAGAGACUUUCUAACGCUAUUGAUGUUAAGACUAAUUGUUAUUUCGAACAAUUUGACUUCCCUUCAUCAGUUUUGAGGGUUUUUCCUAUAACUGACGUUGCUAUCGUGUGCACAGGUCAUGGCCGUCUUUACCAGUUAGCUAUAUUCUGGAUUCUGGAUCUCGCUGAAACAAUAACUUUGCUUUUGCUAUUCUUUCAAUUAUUGCAGAAAAACAGUGUGCCUGAAGCGAUGGUUCCUGGUCUGUGUGUUGUCAAAGAAGAUAAUAAAGUGGUUCUACAGAUUCCAAACAGUGGCCAAACAGCGGUAUGUUGGGUAACCAGUAUAAACGGGAUUUCUUUUGAAAAUGCUUUGCUUUUUAUGCGGCUGUGGCUUGUUUUUACACGGAUUUUGCUUUAGAUAUCUUUUGUAGUUUGAAUUAUGUAUUCUCUCUUGUUUUAAUCUCAUUAUCGUACAGUACAAUAGCAGAAAAGAAGGGGCCCAUAAUUUAAACCAAUAAUAAAACUAACUGCAACAUAUCCAUCUUCGGAGAUCUAGGGGCAACUUGAUUUGGGACGUCUUAUUUAUGGGAUAAAUCAUUGCAAAGCUUGAAGUGACAAAAAGAAUGUAUGAGCCCUGAGCGCUAAGUCCUAUCGAAGCAGAUUUGAUUCGUUGAAAAAUCCUUUUUUAUUAUAACUGGGCGAUUUUCAGCGCGCUGAUUGGUCAAGAGCUAUGAUCGAUAAGAUUGCAUAGCCAUGGAAGUGACGCGAUGGUGGCGUAAUUUGUUUUCUCUUUCUCUCGCUUGGAUUUUCCGAGAAACGUCAAAAACAAAUCGACAACAAUUUUUCACGGUCUGUACUCUUAUCGACCAUAGAAAUGACGUCAAAAUGUUCAAAACUUUGCAAUGAGCUCGUGGUUCCACUUGAUUUUUGAACAUUUUGACGUCAUUUCUAUCUAUGGUUGAGGAGAGUACAGACUAUGGAAAAUUGUUGUCGAUUUGUUAACUGGUCAAUCAGAGACAACGAGAGACUGAUUUGACUGAUUUGGAGAGGAACGAGAAUUUAAAACGUUUUAUUUCGUUCUAUUUCCUUACAUAUUUCUUGAAACAAGAAUGUUCUCAGUUCUUGGUCAUACCUUGCAGGUAGUUAACCUUUUGGAUCGUCUCAUUAAGAAGGAAAACCAGACAGCCACUGUACCUCUCGUGUCUGAUAUACCUCCGUAUGUGGAUAAUUGCCAGGUGGUUAUCUGUAAUGAACGUGGAGGCAGAUCUAUACAGUCUUUUGGAAACCCAGCCUGCGCGUCAGGUAGAUACGAGAACUUAACGUCUCUUUUUAGUUAGUUGAGUGGCCCAGAUGGACGGGCGGCACGGGAAGACUGGAGAGAGAAAACAGCUUCUAAUCUUUUCCGCAGGUUCUCGUCGGUUGACAGUAUUCUUGCUCGUUCGUUAGCUCCAUGAGAUCAGCCCAAUCUUUACCCUCAAAAGGACAGAGAUGGCGCCGACCAUUUGCCAUUAUGUUUUCGAAGGCACAAGAGAAUCCCUUUACUAUUUCGACGCAGACAACUUUGUUGAAAACCAUGAAGAUUUGAAUUUUGGCCGCGGCAAAUAUAAAGGGCUCUGUUUCAAUUCACACUCGAAUGAAAUGUAUUUGACAAAUUUCUGGUGAGUCUAUCAAUACAAACAACAUCGCACCAAUCAGGUGCUCCGCUGCUGGAUAAAUGAAGUUUUUCAAAAUCCCCAUUCGCCUCUUUAGAAAUGAGAAAGGAACUGGGGCCGAAAUUGCGUCCGGCACUUGUUUUUGGGAUCGUUACUGGGCAUGCGCCGGACAGCCAUGGCUAACAGUCCCAGAAGUCUUUGCCAACCCUUACCUCCCAAUUUCCUUCUCUUUCGUAAAGGGGAAUUGUUUUUUUUUUCUCCUUUUUUGUGUUUUGUAAGCAAGGGAGCACAUCCUACGUAGGCACAAGUUGUGACUAAGGAAUGCGCAAGUCCUUCUAAGUUUAAUUUAUUUGUUUCAGUUCAAGGUCUCGGGUUUCUGAUGCUUCAUCUUGGGGUGGAUGCCUCGUCACCUCUUAGCUUUGGUGGCGAACUUUUAGAUGGUAAGUAUGUAUAGUCCCACAGGCAACCCAAGCUCUCGAUAAGAUGGCGAACAAUUGAGCUGACACGCGCUCUGUGCAGAAAAUAACGAAAUCGAACAAAUUAGACGGGAAAUAUGACGAAGUUUGUACCUUAAUAUUGGCGGAUUCGAACUAACCGAAAAUUCUCCUUAUAUUUCUGUUGCAUUGUCGUUUUUUGAUGGGCUUUUGGGACUGUCUUUUAUAGCGCUUUGGGCUAAAUUAAAUAUUUAGAUGCAAAUUACUCACCGAAAUAAGAUAAGAUAAGUGGGCUGGAGCUAAGACCCUUAUGUUACAAUUCUAGUACUCUAACUAACCCGCGGAAGGACCGCCUGAUCAGAGGUUAUUCUCUAACCAGAAAACACGCCUUCCUCUAUAGAUCCUAAGUUUAUUCAACUCGUUAUGAUUUUUUUCUCUCGUUAGACGGGGUAUUGGUCUUUUUUUCUAAAGGCCACACACAGAAGCUUCGCCAGAGCUUGGAAGAGAAAACCAACUGUUACUUCUACCUGGGCGAUCGAUUUGAUAUUUCACACUUUGAACUGCGCUGGGUGCAAGAUAUAAAUUAUGAUGACAUGCCUGAAACAGAACUGAACGGCUCAUUGACCAACUCACAUCCAGCGCCAACAACUUCGGCAGAUACACCUGCAAAAGAACCUGGUGCUGAUUACUACCCAGGCCUCGCAACCAUCGACAUUCGGUACUCGGGCUACGGAAGUGAAAUUGGUCUUCUAAAGGAAGUAUUUGAAGAUCAUACAAAGAUUCUGCAUAUUUUGGAAGGAAACAUUCGAAGGGCAUGCACCGAGCCUCUUAUGAAGCAUGAGAGUAAGAUGAAAGCUGGAGAACAUCUGGACCUGCAGCUACGUGUUGUGCUCAAACCAAGUUAUAAGGUAAUUAGUAACGCCUGGUAUAUUCUGAGACAGUAGCUACAAUACUCGUCACAUUGGUUGGGACAGUAGUGGUGUUUUCUGCCGGCUCAAUGUUGGUUUUUGCAAGUUGCAAUGUCAGAAGAAAAAAUUCAACACUGGAAGGGAAGGGGCACAACUUUUUGUCGGAAUUUGGGUACAGCACGGGGUGUCCCAACUUUAUGUGACGAGGAUUGUAGAUACUGAAUUUUGCGGUUUUCAAUAAAGCGAUUCUGGGAUGACAAUGAAAGAAAAUACAGACUGACAAAUCAGUUGGUAGCGUGCGAAGGCCAUUAUCCACCUCAUAUCGUUCGUUAAUCGAAUUUGCAAGGUAACGCAAAUCGAAGAAUCUUAAUACUGCGAUUGAGACUUGAAUAGAUUCUUAAAAAUCUCUUCAAAUAAGAAGGAACUGUUUACGUUUAUGUGAAUCCGCAAUAUUAAGUUUCUGUCUAGCCUUCGUCAUAAAACUUUUUAUAUAUCAUUGAUAGGUCAUUUUUAAACAAGGCGAUUUCCUUUUAUUGGGGAAAUCAUCAAAGCAUUUUUUAUUCUUUUCUAAUACAGUCAAAUCCUGCUUUACAGACAGUUUGCUUCGUCCCUGGGGAAAGAAAUCCCUUGCAUUUUUUAUAAAUUCAACCCGCUUAAUGCGGACAUCCCAUGAAUACAGACACUAUCUAUGGCCCCGUCAGUGUCCGUAUUAACAGAGUGGGACUGUAUUAUAGACUGUAUUAACGGGGGUCCGUAUUAAGCGGAUUGAAUUUAGGGAAAGUGUAAGGCUUUCUUUCCCCAGGGAUAAAGCAAACUGUCCGUAAUAAUGAGGUGUCCGUAUUAAGCGGGUUGAAUUUAGCGAAAAUGUAAGGCUUUCUUUCCCCAGGGAUAAAGCAAACUGUGCGUAAUAAUGAGGUGUCCGUAUUAAGCGGGUUGAAUUUAGGGAAAAUGUAAGGGCUUUCUUUCCCGCAGGGAUAAAGCAAACUGUCCGUAAUAAUGAGGUGUCCGUAUUAAGCGGGUUGAAUUUAGGGAAAAUGUAAGGGCUUUCUUUCCCCAGGGAUAAAGCAAACUGUCCGUAAUAAUGAGGUGUCCGUAUUAAGCGGGUUGAUUUAGGGAAAAUGUAAGGGCUUUCUUUCCCCCAGGGAUAAAGCAAACUGUGCGUAAUAAUGAGGUGUCCGUAUUAAGCAGGUGUCUGUAAUGCGCAGUUUCUCUGUACAGGCAAAGAAAGUUUAGUUUUUGUGUGAAAGUAUGUUUGUAACCCAGCCUGAUUGUUUUUUUGUUUGUUUUAUUACAGAAGUGGUCUAUCGGCCCCAAUGAUCUUCCAACAGCUCUUAUCCGCUCUCUUCAAAUGGCCCUCUCCGCUGUUAAGGUACCAGUAGUGUCCGAGGGAGAGUUGGUGAUGAGUUUUGAUGUCAGUGUUUUCAAGCAGUAGUGCGUUGUCUCGUCUAGAUUUAAUUCUCUGUUACAGUGAUAUGGGCAUCCUCGCGUUUUGGGCAUCCCCAGUCCCAAAACCCCAGUGAUAGGGGCAUCCUCUUCUCAUAUUACCUCAGACUUCUGGGAUGGUUAUUGGAGACGUUCCAUUCUAAGCUCCAUUCACCUUUUGGCCAAUUUGUUUGACCCGUACCCGGUAGCAAUCCCAGAAGUCUUUGCGAAAGUUAACUCGAUACGGUCUUCUUCUCAACUCUGAACUCGCGAUGAUUUUCUGGGUGCGUGGAGUUUGGAAUAAGAAAAUAAUACUUCGCCUACGAUGCAAGUGCAAUUCUAUAUAAAACUUGCCGGCUUUAAUGUGUGUUAUUCAAAAUUCAGACCACAUGAUGUUCUCAAGGGGACGUGCCUUUGGUCUUUUCAUAUGCUGGUGAUGGUUACGCAACAGGAUGGAAGGAAGAAGAGGACAGUAAAACGCUUGUGUGGGACAAAAGUUGCAUGGCUAAUACUUGCGUGCUGUGUCGUUAUCUUCACUUGACAUAACUGUUUUCUGGUCUUUUACGAAAAGACCUGUUUAAAGGAGGGUGAAGUUCCCCAGAAAAGUUUUUCUCAUGUCACGCUUGUCACACAAGGUUUUCCGUCUUCUUUCCUCUUCCGUCCUGUUGCGUAAAUUCACUAUUAUACGUUGACAGGACGACAUUUAAAAGAAACAGUUCUCUGACCUAACUUUACGUUGUCUGAAAUAGGGAAGCAAAACAUAUAAGCUCAAAAGGGCCCAUUUUUCGGCCCUUCCCCAUACAGCAAGGCUUGUCGCGCAAGAUGAUGAAGUCUGCGCUUGCGUUAUACUUUUUAUUAGAAGUUAUUUAGUGUUGUCCAUACCCUUAAAAUAAAUUUAAAAAAAGAUUUACGGUGGGUCAAGUGAGCAAGGGUGACAACCGCUUGGCAUUUUAAUAGAUAAAAUAACAUUUAAUGUUAUUUUAAAGGUAAUACCUUUAGAGGAGGUAAAGAAUGGCUGCCAACGGCGAAGUAUAAGUAACGAGAAAAAACAAAACAAAACAAAACAAAGACAAAAAUGAAAUUAAAAAAUACAGUUGCAACAUGUUAAAGUAUGUAAUUUGUAGUACAUUUCUCAAUAACACAAUUAGUUAAUUCAAAGCUGGAAAAAGUUAACAAAUCGGAGUAAAAAGAUAAGAGUUUCCACCGUGGUUAAAGAAAAGCUUAACAUUGAAAGUAAAGUAAAAAUAUUUUUUAAAAAAAAGAAAUUAGAUGUUAAUCUAGGUGUUAAGCAACACAAAGAAAAAUAGCAACCAUUUGGUUGUAAACUGCACAGUAUUAUUUAAACCAUCCUUAUAAAGGGUGUUGGAUAUGGAACGUUUUGUAGAGUGUUGUAUGAUAGUUAUUUCCUAGAACAAACUUAGUGUUUUAUUUGGUUAUCUAGUUUUGAUUUCGUGUUUUAAGGGAUAUUAAUACUAAACUGAAGGCUCUCUUUUUUAUAAUCUACAAAUCCUCGUUUUAAUAGUAUUCUGUGCACAUAUUAUAUGCGAUGUGGGAGCUUUGCACAGAUUUAGAUUUAGAUUUAAUGACUGCCCAACAAGCAGUUAAACAAAUCGACAGCAAUUUUCUGUGGUAUAUAAUUUUUUCGGCUAUAGAAAUGACGUCGAAACGCUUCAAAAUCAAGUGGAACCACGAACUGCCGGCGAGUGGUUUCACGUCAUUUUUAUAGUCGAUAAGAUUGUAAACCAUUGAAAAUUGUUGUCGACUGAUUUGUUUUUUACUGUAACAUUACUGUUUUUGACGUCCAUUUCCCGGUGAAGUUUAGUGGAAAUCGCGCGCGAUAAAAAGAGAAAAAGAAAUUACGCCACCAUGACGUAACUUCCGUGGUCUAUUAGACAAGACAAAACGUUUAUUGCCAUAAUAUUGUUUACGCUAGUCGUGGCGUGCCAAAUUAAUUCUAUUACGUACAAAACAGAUACUACCUGAUGAUAAAGUAAAAAGCAAAGAGAAAAGAAAGAAUGUGUAUAAUCAAUUCAAAAGCAAGAAAGACAAAGCUGUUUAAUGCAAGUUGUGAAAGAAGCUAAGGUUUAGGAUUUCGCGAUUUUAUUUCUUGCGUUAUCAUGGUUGCGUCAAGGUGAUCACCGACCACAGAUCUCGACUAAUCAGCGCGCAAAAAAUCAAUCUGUUAUUGUAGAAGAACCUCGCCAAGUUAAUCAGUUACCUUUUGCACGGUCGUUUCAAAUGAACUACUGUUUGUAGCUUACUAUUAGAGUGGCCUGAGAAAACAGCCGACAUUUUGCGAAAUGUCGGCGGUUUUCUCAGGCUACUAUUAGAGCAAAAGUCCUCGACAUGGAUUUCACUGAUUAGGUUGAUGACGAAUUUUACGCCCGUGAAGCCGUUUUAACUUCUAACCCUAUUCAGACUAUACUUUUUUCGCUUCCUACAACCCGGGGUGGCUUCAGAGACCCCCUCUAUAACUUCUAAAUCGCUCAUGCUACGGUCACCAAACUUAGAGAGAAAAAUGUACUCAUCAUUUCCAACUUUUGGGCGUAACUUAAUUGACACAAUGACGUAAUCUGACGUCAUUAUGACGUCAUAUUGUAAAACUUACAAAUAGUAGGGUGUUUCAUAAAAUUAAGAAGUUGGCUAAUUUAACAAAAGCAGUGAUGUCAUGAUGACGUCAUUUGUUACUAAAAAAGGAAGUGGAAGCAUCUGCCGUCUUGGAUCCGCCAUUUUGAAUUAUUGUACUGUAUUCCAUUUUACUUAAAACCCGCCAAAAUCGCGUGAUUUUUAAUAGAAAACUUGAUUUAAAUGCAAAAGGUUGCUUAGAAAGCAAAAAAUCAGCAAAAUAUGCAGUUCCUAGAUAAAUGAAAAUUAAACUCAGCAUCUGCCAUUUGGUCAUAUUUUAAAAUCAUGUAUUUUCUCAAACUGGUCUCUAAAAAGCCUGGAUUUCAUCAGCAGUGACAAUAACAAUGAUAAAGUAAUGCUAAUUUAAGUGUAAUGUAAUGAUACCAUUGGUGAAAUUAGAAUUAAAACCUUUUUAUAAGAAAAAAAAAUGCAAAUUUUGAAAAACAUGGCGGCCAAAACUUGGUUGCCGUGGUAACGUCAAUGUUGACAUUCACGUCACGGUGACUUCAAAAUGUUCCCAGAUAAUUUGAGGGAAAAGUCGCUAAGUUUGGUGGUCCUAGCUUGAAUGGUUUUGCAGUUAGUCUAGUUUUUCAUUAAAGUGUCAAUGGUGUAAAACCAAAACUGAAGUGCCGAGAAGUAAUCACCGUCGAAUAAAAAAGGUGCAAAAACCAAUAAACUAAUGGUCCAAUCAAAACACAGAGCAAACGGUAGCAAGCGCUCGUGAAAAAAGUGGCGCGGUAUACUAUUAGCCAAUCACAAAUCGUUGUAAUACAAUUGUUACAAAAGUGCAAUAAUUGUGCGUUGAUUACUUUUGACAUCCAUUAAAACUCACUCUUUACUAACCAGACGUUAGUUGAUAGUCUUGUAUUUUGAUACCGCCGUUUAACUUAAGAGAAUUUGUUGAGAAUGAUGAUAAGGAAAUGUUCUAGUAUUAAGAUGUUGCACCGUGUAAGUUAAAUAAGUUUUGUGUCUAACACAAGAAGUAUGUACUUCGUAGUUCACUUAAAUCAUGAAUGGUUAACUAAUGUUAUUGUAACCAGAGAAUAGUUGUGUAAUUUCAUCUGGAUAAGUUGCGCGACCUUCCUCUUUUUCCAUUAGAAAUAUUGUUUUAGAAGGAAG